AUGGCUGGCAUUCACGAUCCUCGAUUACUAUACAGCAUCACGAAUAUCCGUGCCUUUCACCUCCAAGAUGGAGAGGAACAGGAGUUGACACCAUCCGGUCCGCAAACCCUCUCACUCCUUAUGGUCCCCACCUCAUCUUCACCAUCCAUGCCACCCUUCGCAACCGGUGCGGGCACCGAAACUCCCGAGGAGGAUUUUUAUCUUCACCUUUGUCUUCCUCCAGAAUUGGACCUCACCUUACCGGCUACCACUCAAAUUUAUCAUCAACUGCCCGAUAGUUACUUGAUCCCACGUUGGGAUUUGGCCCCGGGUGCCUUCAUACGAAUCCAGUUCCCGGGGAUCGGGUCCGGUCCAGACAAAGUGACCCAGGACGACAUUGACACCUUCGAAACCAUCCUUGCACAAUGUACCGCAUUUCUAGAGCGGGCUGCUGCUCCUCCCCAGAAAUCGAGUGGGAAAUCCCUCGGUCAUACUGCUGCGUACAAUCCCGCUGACUAUGCGCCUGGUGAGGGGUAUAUCUCUUCCGAAGGUGCUGGUAAUGGAACCUCGCAUGGGAGAAUUGUCCUCAUAGACGAGGAGGAUGGUAGUGUGGUCGGGGAGCUGGGCGACGCUUAUGAUGUGGUUGAAGAUCCUGAUGUGAAACCAGGAUCCAAGAGACCGGUCAACAUUGAGCUUCCUAGUGAGGGUGAAGGCAACCGAGUCAGUAUUAGCAAUGUCUCAGAAGAGUACUUGGCCAUGUCUCGACAUCCUGCGUACAAGGACUCGACCAUUGUGCAAACGUCAGCUACCGCAUCUCGUCUGAUUGUUGCGACCUCCACUUCCAUUGCCAACGCUAUCACCAGUGGUGCCGAAAGUUUUACCAAGAAAACCAAGCCCAAUCAAAAGCCCUUGACUUUCUCGGAUGCCACACAUGCGCGUAUUCGCAAGAUUGGUAGCUUAUCCAGCGGAGCCGCCGGGCUUUCCGCUCGCACCGUCGGACAAGUCGAGCGGGUGGCUCAGAAUGUCGGCGCAUCGCUGUCGCGCAAAGAAACCAACCCCAAGAGCUUUGACAAGAGUCGUCCGCCGCCAGACUACAAGCCCGGUGUGCUUAACAAGUCCAUGAUCGCCUUCUCCACGCUGGCCGAUGGAAUUCAAGAAGGUGCGCGGAGUAUCCUUCUUACCGGCACCUCAGCAACCGGUGCGAUGAUUGGUCACAAGUACGGUGCGGAAGCUGGCGACGUAGCAAACAACCUGACCGGUGGCGUGAAGAAUGUGGGCUUGGUUUACAUUGAUGCCACCGGGGUGAGUCGGCGGGCGCUCCUGAAAUCAGUUGCCAAGGGCAUGGUUGUGGGACGGAUGCGCGACGGGAAGCAGGUGAUGGUGGGUGGUGGUGAUGGCGGCGAGCUUCCUCCCGCCCGUGUUGCCGAGACUGGCUCAUCGACUAAUCCAACGCCACCGCCCGCAUAUGGCGCCUCAGGGACCACGUCGCUCAGCGGCACGCCUAUGAGUAUGUCCGGGGGUAAGCGGUAA